AUGCUCUGCGCCAUCAUCCGCAGGAGCCCGCGCAGGAGUUCCCGUCUCGCCUUGCGCCAGCAUUUUUCCACGUCUCAACCACGUCACGAGGUCAAAGACAUCGGCUCUUUGUCUCAGCGCCUAAUACCCAAGUACCAAGAAUCUUGUGACGGAGAGCUGCUGUGUCUCCAGUGGCCAGCACCGCCGCGAAAUAUCUUCUUGGUGCGCAAAGAUUGCGCCCCGGCGGUUACAGAUUCCCUGAUUGAAUUCGUCAACCAUGUUUCCUCUACAUACCCAUCUAUCUCGGUGAUUCUCGAGUCAAAGACUGCCGCCGAAGUACAUUCGUCGCUCUCUUUUCCCGUAUACUCGGUUUCUCCCGACGAGAAAACGACCGCCCUUCAUGAUAAAGUCGACCUCACGGUGACACUGGGCGGCGACGGUACGAUUCUACAUGCAGCGUCGCUUUUCGCGACCUGCUCAAACGUUCCACCCGUUCUAUCAUUUAGCAUGGGUACAUUAGGCUUCUUGGGUGAGUGGAGGUUCUCAGAGUUUAAACGUGCUUUCCGAGAAGUCUACAUGUCUGGUGCCGGGGCAGGUGAUCGAACACCUGUGUUGGAAGGCCCAGAAGCGACAGUCACACAAGAGAUUGAGAUGGGCCCGACCGGGUGGUCUUCCGUCCGGGGAAAAUCAAUGGGCUCUACGCGCGGGGCACGCAUUCUGAUGCGCAAUCGGUUGAAGGUAGGACUGUUUACUGCUGACGGGACCGAAACGACGCCUAUCCGAACCAAGACCGACCAGGGUCAGGGGGUGUAUGUGAUGAAUGAGCUCCUCAUUCACCGUGGCAAAGAACCGCACUUGGCUGUGGUAGAUGUGUUUGUGGGUGGGCGGUUCCUGACUGAAGCUGUGGCCGAUGGAAUCAUAAUUUCCACACCGACCGGAAGUACAGCCUACAGCCUGAGUAGCGGUGGUAGUAUUGUGCAUCCGCUAGUCCCAGCCAUCCUUCUAACGCCGAUCUGCGCGCGUAGCCUCAGCUUCCGGCCAUUGGUGCUCCCUUCCAGCGCCCCCAUCACACUGCGGCUAAGCGAAAAGAACCGUGGACGCGAACUCGAGGUCAGUCUGGAUGGUGUCAAUUUAGGCCAAGGGAUGGGAGUUGGUAUGGAAGUCCGAGUUUGGAAUGAGGAGAUGCGUCAUGGGAAGAAUGAGUGGCAGGGUGGUGUCCCCAGCGUGAUGCGACGGAGUGUGGGGGGUGAAGCGCAUGAGGGCUGGGUAGGUGGAUUGAAUGGCUUAUUGAAAUUCAACCAUCCAUUUGGCGAGGUAUAA